AUGGGGACACUGAAUCAGGACCAUCUCCUGAGCUGCGAGGUCAUCAAUCCUGAUUUCUUCGAUGAGAUGGGAGGAGAUGUGUCCUGCACACAAAACUCAGAGGUAAUGCGGUGUGGUCCCACUAUGGAAGGAAGACCAAGGACUUGUGCCGAUGGAGAAAAACAAGCGGCUGGGAGACAGUUUUCACAGUUACUGGUUGGUUCACCUUGGAGUGGCUUUCCUGAGAACCGAAUGGGAGAUGUGUAUAAAUGUCCUGUUGAUCCGUCCACUGCUACAUGUGAAAAACUCAAUUUGCAAACUUCCACGAGCAUUUCCAAUGUUACUGAGAUGAAAACCAACAUGAGCCUUGGCUUGACACUCACAAGGAACAUGGGAACCGGAGGAUUCCUUACAUGCGGUCCCCUGUGGGCGCAGCAGUGUGGAAGUCAGUAUUAUACAACUGGAGUUUGUUCUGACGUCAGUCCUGAUUUCCGGCUCUUGGCCAGCUUUUCCCCAGCCAUACAGACCUGCCCUUCCUUCAUAGAUGUUGUGGUUGUAUGUGAUGAAUCAAACAGUAUCUAUCCCUGGGAGGCAGUAAAGAAUUUUUUGGAAAAAUUUGUACAAGGCCUGGAUAUAGGCCCCACAAAGACACAGGUGGGAUUAAUUCAGUAUGCCAAUGAGCCAAGAGUUGUGUUUAACCUGAACACUUAUAAAACAAAAGCUGAAAUGAUUAUAGCAACAUCCCAGACAUACCAACAUGGCGGGGACCUCACAAAUACAUUCAAAGCAAUUCAAUAUGCAAGAGAUUUCGCUUAUGCAGCAUCUUUUGGUGGACGACCAGGAGCUACCAAAGUAAUGGUGGUUGUAACUGAUGGCGAGUCACAUGAUGGUUCAAAGUUGAAAGCCGUGAUCGAUCAAUGUAACAAAGACAAUAUACUGAGGUUUGGCAUAGCGGUUCUUGGGUACUUAAACAGAAAUGCCCUUGAUACUAAAAAUUUAAUAAAAGAAAUUAAAGCAAUUGCCAGUAUUCCAACAGAAAGAUACUUUUUCAAUGUGUCUGAUGAAGCAGCUCUACUAGAAAAGGCUGGGACAAUAGGAGAACAAAUUUUCAGCAUUGAAGGUACUGUUCAAGGAGGAGAUAAGUUCCAGAUGGAAAUGUCACAAGUGGGAUUCAGCGCAGAUUACUCUCCUCAAAAUGAUAUUCUGAUGCUGGGUGCAGUAGGAGCUUAUGACUGGAGUGGGACUGUUGUUCAGCAGACAUCUCAUGGGCAUUUGAUCUUUCCUGAACAAGCCUUUGAACAAAUUCUGCAAGACAGAAAUCACAGCUCAUAUUUAGGUUAUUCUGUGGCUGCAAUUUCUACUGGAAAAAGCAUCCACUUUGUUGCUGGCGCUCCUCGGGCAAAUUAUACUGGCCAGAUAGUGCUGUAUAGUGUCAAUGAGAACGGCAAUGUCACAGUUAUUCAGGCUCACAGAGGUGACCAGAUUGGCUCCUAUUUUGGUAGUGUGCUGUGUGCAGUUGAUGUGGAUGAAGACACCAUUACAGAUGUGCUCUUGGUAGGUGCACCAAUGUACAUGAAUGACCUAAAGAAAGAGGAAGGAAGAGUCUACCUGUUUACUAUCACAAAGGGCAUUUUGAAUUGGCACAAAUUUCUCGAAGGCCCAAAGGGCGUUGAAAAUGCUCGGUUUGGUUCAGCGAUUGCAGCUCUCUCAGACAUCAACAUGGAUGGCUUUAAUGAUGUGAUAGUUGGUUCACCUUUGGAAAAUCAGAACUCCGGAGCUGUUUACAUCUACAAUGGCCAGGAGGGUACCAUCCGUACAAAGUAUUCCCAGAAAAUCUUGGGAUCCGAUGGAGCCUUUAGGAGCCAUCUCCAGUACUUUGGGAGAUCCCUGGAUGGCUUUCGAGAUUUAAAUGGAGAUUCCAUCACAGAUGUGUCCAUUGGUGCCUUUGGACAUGUUGUUCAGCUCUGGUCACAAAGUAUUGCUAAUGUAUCUGUAGAGGCUUCAUUCACACCAGAAAAAAUCACUUUGUUCAACAAGAAUGCUGAGAUAAGCCUCAAACUCUGCUUCAGUGCCAAGUUUAGACCUACUAAGCAAAACAGUCAAGUGGCCAUUAUAUAUAACAUCACAAUUGAUGCAGACCUACAUUCAUCCAGAGUAACAUCCAGGGGGUUAUUUAAAGAAAAUAAUGAAAGGUACCUGCAGAAGAAUAUGAUAGUAAAUCAAGCACAGAGUUGCUCUGAGUUCAUCAUCCACAUACAGGAGCCUUCUGAUGUUGUCAACGCCUUGGACCUGUGUGUGAACAUCAGCCUGGCAAAUCCUGGCACCAGCCCUGCCCUAGAAGCCUACGACGACACUGCCAAGAUCUUCAGUAUCCCUUUCUAUAAAGACUGUGGUGAUGAUGGAGUUUGCAUCUCUGAUCUAGUUCUAGAGGUCCAACAGCUCCCAGCUGCUCAAGCACAACCCUUUAUUGUCAGCAACCAAAACAAAAGGAUAACAUUUUCAGUAACACUGAAAAACAAAAAGGAAAGUGCAUACAACACUGCACUUGUUGUUGAUUUUUCAGAAAAUUUGUUUUUUGCUUCCUGGUCCAUGCCGGUUGAUGGGACAGAAGUAACAUGCCAGGUUACUUCUCAGAAGUCUGUUGCCUGCGACGUAGGCUACCCAGCUUUAAAGAGGGGACAACAGGUGACUUUUAUUAUUAACUUCGACUUCAAUCUUCAAAACCUUCAGAACCAGGCAUCUGUCAGUUUCCAAGCCUCAAGUGAAAGCCAGGAAGAAAACAAGGCAGAUAAUUUUGUCGAGGUCAAAAUUCCUCUGCUGUAUGACGCCGAAAUUCACAUAACAAGAUUUACCAACAUAAACUUUUAUGAAGUCUCUGCAAAUGGGAAUGUUCCUUCUAUCGUGCACAGUUUUGAAGAUAUUGGUCCCCAGUUCAUCUUCUCCAUUAAGGUGACAACUGGAACUGUUCCCGUAAGCAUGGCCUCCGUCAUCAUCCACAUCCCUCAGUACUCCAAGGAAAAGAACCCACUGCUGUACCUGACUGGGAUACACACAGAUCAGGCUGGUGACAUCAGUUGUAAGGCUGAAAUAAAUCCACUGAAAAUAGGCCAAACAUCUUCCUCUGUAUCUUUCAAGAGUGAAAAUUUCCGGCACAUAAAAGAACUGAACUGCAAAACUGCUUCAUGUGGAAAUGUUACCUGCUGGCUCAAAGACCCUCAAGUGAAAGGAGAGUACUUCCUUAACGUGUCCACCAGAAUUUGGAACGGGACUUUCGCAGCAUCGACUUUCCAGACAGUACAGCUGACAGCCUCUGCAGAAGUCGACACCUAUAAUCCUCAGAUAUAUGUGAUCGAAGACAACACUGCCACGAUUCCCAUCACGAUAAUGAAACCCCACGAGAAAGCUGAAGUCCCAACUGGAGUUAUAGUAGGAAGUGUAAUUGCUGGAAUCGUUUUGCUAUUAGCUCUGGUUGCAAUUUUAUGGAAGCUUGGCUUCUUCAAAAGAAAAUAUGAAAAAAUGACCAAAAAUCCAGAUGAGAUUGACGAGACCACAGAACUCAACAGCUGAACUACCCAGCAGCUCUCACUGCCUGCCGUGGGACCA